UGAAUUUUCUGGGUAACGCGAGGGACUUCUCUGCAGCAUUUUGUGAUUUGAGGGUGGAUUUGGAGCCGCAGGUGAAAGCAGAGCGGAGAGCGCAUCUUCCCCGUGACUCUCCUCACUUCUACGCCGUGCGCCAGACUGGGGCGACUGUUGUGUUCGGCAGUCAUGCUGUAGCAGCCUGACAGAGAAGAGGUGUGGGACUUGAGUUUUGGGUCCGCGUGGGUGAGAACAUGCGCCACUGUGGACAGAGAAAUCUUUGGUUGCCGCUGCUCUGCGUCUACAUCGUCAUCCUCACUUCAGGAGUGCAGGCAGGCGGGAAGAAGCACAGCGGCCCCUGCGGAGGAAGAGACUGCAGUGGAGGCUGCAAAUGUUUCCCAGAGAAGGGAGGCCGGGGUCAGCCCGGGCCUCUUGGUCCCCAGGGCCCGCAGGGCCCCAAGGGGCGACCGGGGGAUCUGGGCAUCCAAGGCCAAAAGGGGCAGAAAGGCGACCAAGGACCUGGUGGCGUUAUAGGCCCUAAAGGCAGCGCGGGAAUGACUGGUGUACCGGGGUUCACUGGGAACGAUGGGAUUCCUGGUCAUCCAGGCCAAGGCGGGCCUCGGGGGAAGCCCGGAGCAGAUGGUUGCAAUGGGACCAAAGGAGAACCAGGGAUACCAGGGAUACCCGGCGAUUAUGGGAUUCAAGGAGCUGCUGGAUCGCCAGGGAGGAAGGGAGAAAAAGGAGACAACCUGGAUGUCAAAGUGUACAUGCAGCGUUUUAGGGGAGAUCAAGGUGCGCCAGGAUUCGAUGGACCUUUUGGACCUGACGGACCAAAAGGAGGUGAAGGCACCAGGGGCCCAACAGGACCAAAGGGUCCUCCGGGUCCAUCGGGUCCCCCCGGACCAAAGGGUACCAUGACUAAAGUCCUGAAGGGAGUCAAAGGAGAGCAAGGAGAUGUUGGACAGCCAGGCCCACCAGGAAACGACACUCGGCAGCAAAUAAAGCCGCCCUCUGGACCACCUGGAGAGAAAGGACAAAAAGGACAAGUAGGAGAAGUGGACAUCAUUACAGGAGAACCCGGCAUACCGGGACCACCGGGACCCAGGGGGGAAAUGGGUAGAAACGGGCAACCUGGACUAGAGGGUGAAUUUGGGGAGAGAGGACCCACUGGGAUUGAUGGUGUCAAAGGAGUCCGAGGUGAACCAGGAGUACUGAUCCUAUCAGGAGAUCCGUGGUCUUCAGGAGUUGGUGCCCCUGGACCUCCUGGUGAGCAAGGCCCACUAGGAGAGAGGGGUCCAGUUGGAGAUCAAGGUAUCCCUGGACGUCCUGGACCUCCAGCGUACAAAACCCAGCAAGAAGUUUAUACGUUCGGCCCAUUGGGUUUCAAAGGAGAACAAGGAGACAAAGGCCGACAAGGUGAACCCGGAUUUCCUGCCUUCAGGGCAGGCCCCCCAGGAGCCGAUGGACGUCCAGGGGACAGAGGCCCUCCUGGACCCACAAUAACAUGGGCUGAAUACUAUAAGGGCCCCCCAGGGCCGAGGGGAAGGCCCGGCACUGCAGGGCUGAAGGGACCGAAAGGUGACCAUGGAGACUGUGAGUGCCGUGACCUAAAUGCUCGCCGCGGUUUACCCGGGCCUUCCGGGCAACAUGGCGAUCCUGGAAUGAUCGGAGAAUUUGGUCGCGAGGGCGAUUUUGGAGAUCCAGGUCCCAGAGGAGUGGACGGGUUCCCUGGGAGCCCUGGCCUUCCUGGUCCCCUUGGCAUUAAAGGUCGAAAAGGAGACAUAACUUUCGCUACAGAGAAAGGAUUUCCCGGAGACUCUGGUGACCCUGGCAUGGAUGGAUUUCCUGGACAGUUGGGAACUCCUGGACUACAUGGCCGCCCUGGCCCUCCUGGUUUCCCUGGUCCCCCAGGAGAAGGACCCUGGGGGGAGCCUGGAGACAAGGGUUUUCCAGGUCGUUCUGGAAGGCCUGGUGUUCGUGGGAUCUCAGGGGAACCAGGACAGGUCUUUCCAGGCCAAAAAGGCCUACAAGGUUUACCUGGAGAUGAUGGCCUCCCUGGAUAUGAUGGAGUGCCAGGACCACCUGGAACUCCAGGUGGCUGUAGUCCAACGAGUGGAGGACUGGGGGAUGUAACAGGCCUCUGCGACACUCUUCCAGGACUUCCUGGUGCUCCUGGACUUCCAGGAAGCCCUGGAUUACCAGGUUUUCCAGGAACCCAAGGCUUGAAGGGUCCACAGGGUUUUGACGGGGUCGGGGGGGAAAAAGGAGAACAAGGAGAUCGAGGCAAUGGUGGAAGUCCUGGACCUGCAGGUUUUGUUGGCCAGAGGGGUGAUAUUGGCAUUCCUGGUGCCAAAGGUUUAGUUGGGUCCCCAGGUGUACCAGGUGCUCAUGGUCGAUAUGGACCUAAAGGUGAGAAGGGCGUUCAUGGUGAAAUACUGGGAGCCUCAGCUGGACCACAAGGUGACCCGGGGCUCCCUGGACUCCAAGGACUUAAAGGCCAAGAUGGAGAACCAGGACUGCCAGGCUAUGAAGGAAUGGGCGGCAUGCCUGGUAUGAUUGGUUUCAAAGGGGAGAAAGGCUCUCUAGGUCUGUCCGGGGAGGAGGGAAAACCUGGGAUUGCAGGACUUUAUGGCUUCCCCGGUGAACCUGGAACUGCAGGCCCACCGGGGCCAAGUGGUGCAACUGGAGACCCAGGACUCCCAGGAGAAAGGGGAACUGAUGGAGACCCAGGUCCCCCAGGCCCAGUAGGACUGAAAGGAAUGCCAGGUGAAUUUGGAGAAGAUGGAUCACCUGGAGAGCCGGGCUCACCAGGUGACCCGGGAUGGCCUGGCACAACCGGACGCCCUGGACCUCCAGGAAUAAAGGGGGGCAAAGGAUCUUCUGGUAUGGUAGGUUUUGAUGGAAAAAAGGGCACUCCUGGGUUAAAAGGAAUAAUUGGAGUCAAAGGAGAUGCUGGACUACCUGGAGAGCAGGGGCUUAAAGGAACAAUGGGAGUACCUGGAGAAAAAGGUGAUCGUGGGGUGAAAGGUCCACCUGGCGAGAAGCCUCAAAUUCCUCUUCACAUCAUCGUUGACAUGAAGGGGGUCAAGGGUGAACAUGGAUCUCAAGGGAAUCCAGGUUUCACUGGACCAAGAGGCUCCAAAGGUUUGCCUGGGGUGCCGGGAUUUGAUGGAGUCCAUGGUAGUCCUGGAGAUCCUAGCAAUGACAAAGGACAACUUGGUGAUCCAGGUCUGCAGGGGUUACCUGGAAUCAAAGGGAUGCCGGGGCCAACUGGAAAUCGGGGGGUUACAGGUUUUGAGGGGAUGUCUGGCGAGAAGGGAAUCAAAGGAAGCGCUGGCGCCUAUGGUGCAUCAGGGGAAAAUGGCAGGAAAGGAGCAAAAGGUGACGCAGGUCCCCGUAUAGACCUUCCAGGAAGUCCUGGAUUGAGAGGAGAGGUUGGACUUCCUGGAAACCCAGGCUUGAAAGGACUUUUUGGAAGCCCUGGAGACCAGGGGGGUUCUGGUUUUGAUGGUAUUGUGGGAAUAAAAGGAAUCUUCGGUGAUCCUGGAAUACAGGGGUUCCCUGGGUCAGACGGCCAGAAAGGAGCUCCUGGUUACCAGGGCCAGAAAGGUUUUUCUGGAUUACCCGGAAAAGAUGGGCUUCCAGGAUUUCCAGGAUUUCCAGGAGUCAAAGGUUAUCCUGGCCUUAAGGGUCUCCAUGGACUGCAUGGGUUAAAAGGACAGAAGGGGAUCUCUGGAACAGCAGGUUUGAAUUUUCCUGGACAAGCUGGCAACCCAGGAGUGAAAGGACAAAAAGGAGAAAGUGGUAACCCAAACGACCAACAGGGAGAUUCAGGAAUCCCAGGUUUCAAAGGAUUCCAGGGACCAACAGGUGAAUAUGGCCUGCCAGGAUUACCAGGACUCCGUGGUCCUUCUGGACCAGAUGGUAUACCAAAUGAACCAGGAUCUCCAGGGGAUCCUGGCUUUCAAGGACCUGCAGGAUUCCAAGGUUUACCUGGUGCCAGAGGAGUUCCUGGCUCUGAUGCUUCUCCGGGGCAGAGGGGUGAACCAGGAUUGAAUGGUUUUCCUGGAUUUCCUGGUAACCAAGGAUUCAGAGGAGAUCCAGGCCCAACUGGAUUCAGGGGCCCCCAUGGGAUUUUUGGGAAAAAAGGAGUGAAAGGGGAGCAGGGAUUGAUGGGAAUUCCUGGCACGACUGGUCCAAAAGGAGAGAGAGGACAAACUGGUUUUAAAGGAAACACUGGACUUCCAGGUUUUCCCGGGCAGCCAGGAAGUCAGGGUCCUCCUCCAAUUCCAAUCAGAGUUCCAGGGGAGAGGGGCCCUUCUGGACCACGGGGACUUCAAGGACCACUGGGGAUUAGAGGAGAACCAGGACCCCAGGGUCCACCUGGAGAUACAGGGUUUAUUGGACCCAUUGGACAGAAAGGCAUGCCGGGAGUUAGCGGUACACCAGGGACGCCUGGAUUCCGUGGGAACUUUGGCCAGAUGGGCCACCCUGGUCUGGAAGGCAUGGAAGGUAACCGGGGCAACCCUGGGAUACCUGGGAUACCUGGUAUGCCUGGUCGCAGCAUUAGUGUGGGAUAUUUGCUGGUGAAGCACAGUCAGUCAGAAGAAAAACCCAUGUGUCCUGUGGGAAUGUCCAAACUGUGGGACGGCUACAGCCUGCUGUACUUUGAGGGCCAGGAAAAGGCUCACAACCAGGACCUUGGAUUGGCAGGCUCAUGCCUUCCACGGUUUAGCACCAUGCCCUUCCUGUACUGUAACCCUGGAGACAUCUGUUACUAUGCCAGCAGAAAUGAUAAAUCCUACUGGUUGUCAACUACUGCUCCUCUUCCCAUGAUGCCAGUAGAGGAAAACGAGAUCAAACCAUAUAUCAGUCGCUGCUCGGUCUGUGAAGCUCCAUCCGUUGCCAUCGCCAUCCACAGUCAGGGCAUUGACAUCCCCCAGUGUCCUGCGGGCUGGCGCAGUCUGUGGAUCGGCUAUUCUUUCCUCAUGCACACAGCAGCAGGAAAUGAAGGAGGUGGUCAGUCCUUAUCGUCGCCUGGCUCCUGCCUGGAGGACUUCCGCACAUUACCCUUCAUUGAGUGUAAUGGGGCCAAAGGCACAUGCCACUACUUUGCUAACAAACACAGCUUCUGGCUGACCUCCAUAGAUCAUUCCUUUCACGCUAAUCCAGCGCCGGAGACGCUCAAAGCGGGUCAACUUCGGUCCCGCAUCAGCCGCUGCCAAGUCUGCAUGAAGAACUUGUGAAAGACUGCACAGGAACUUCAAGUCCUUUCACCUGAACUGAGCUCUGUUGAACUCCUUGAACCAGUCAGAUGAAACAUGCAGCGAGUGAGGUGACUCAAUACUUCAAACUGCACUGUAACAACGAAGAAAAAACCCAAGGAUCUAUUUAAAAAAAAAACAACAAAAAAACAAUGAUCCAAUGUUAGUGUUUAAAGGAUGUUUUGGUGCUUUUAACUUAUUACCUCAUCUGACAGCAAAUAGUAAAAUACAGCAGAACCAAAGAUGCACCUACUAUGUAUGCAAAUGCUCAACAUUUCCCUUUUGGCUUCAGGUCAAAACUACAGACUUACUAACAAUGCUUUGCCAAAAAAUGUCAACCAAGACUAUUUUUCCACAGCUCUAUCAAAGCCUGUUUUUGUAAAAUUACAGUAAUCCAAUUUUCUUUUUAGACAAGUGUAUUGACUGCUUUUUAAAUGUCUAGCUUUUUUCAUACGUUCACCAAAAUGCACUGAUUUUUUUUCCUGUUUGAACUAACCACUUUGAGAGUUUAAAGUGUUUAUCUUAUGUUAGUCGUUUUCAUCUACGCAUUUAAUUAAAUAUGGAGCUACCAACAUGCCAAAAUAAAAGUACAUUACCAGACAUUUUUCCAUUAAAAAAAAAAACAACCUUUCAGUUCAUUUUUCUUAAACAAGUUUGACUUAAAGUUCUGAUCAUUGUCACUGCAUGGUUACUUGAUUGUAAGGAUUAAAUGUGUUUCUGUGAACCUCAA